AUGAACAACAUUGAUGAUGAACCUGAAAACGCCAACAUCAAUGACAUGCUAUGCAUAAUCCCAGGAUUCUACCCCAAAUCAUAUUCAUUCGGUUUUAUCAACAAUGACAAUUCAUUCAGCCACACAAUCCCAUCAAUGCUCGCUUACAUCUCUUUGAUGUUCUUCGCCUCCAAGGCCGUUUACUACUCUCUCCGGCCUCUCAAACAACCCCGCGUCGUCUGUGAUCUCAUAGCAGGAAUUAUUAUCGGUCCGAGUUUCUUGGGUAACAUUAAAAGUUACCAUGAUCAUUUGAUUAAAGGGAGCAGAAAUGCAUUUGUGCUUCGCACAUUAUCAAUCUUCGGCAUUUUGUUCCAUUUGUUCUUGAUUGGAGUGAAGAUGGAUCCGAAGAUGAUUUUCAAAGCCGGUCAUAAAGCCUUGGUGAUUGCUUUAGGCUCUAUUGUUAUUCCUUUAACCAUGUCUAGUCUCGCAUUGCAGUGGAUGUUACAAGCUGAUGUUCUCCCGCAAACCGUCAGCAAACGUUCCAAAGGCCUCAAUUUCUUCGUCUCCACACUUAGCUUAAGCUCAUUCCCAGUGAUCGCUGAUUUAUUGAAUGAGCUCCAUCUACUCAACUCCGAGCUUGGCCGCACUGCUCUGUCGGCUUCAAUGUGCAAAGACUUGAUUCGGUUCUCUAUGAUGCAAGUGUUCGCUGUGAUGAAUCAAGUGAAUAUUAGUAAAGGAGAAUGGAAGCGAGUUUUGGCCGACGCAGUCGGUGCAUCCUACGUUGCCGGUCCAAUCAUCGCAGGCCUUGUCGUGCCUGACGGACCACCACUCGGCACAGCAUUAGUGAAACACACCGAAAUGUUCAUCACCGAGGUGUUCUUGCCAUUGUUCUAUGUAGGAUUGGGACAAAUGGUAGAUCUUCCGCUCCUAAUUAGCCAUAAAGCUAAAGAAGACGAGUCAUGGGCACUAUGGCUUCUAGUCCUAAUCAUCGUCGCCUACAUUGGUAACAUGACAGGCACAGUUGUUUCCUCAAUUUACUCUAACAUGGCACCAAUUAAUGCAUUCUUACUGGGACUAACAUUCAACACAAAAGGUGUACUAGAACUCCUCACUUACAUCCGGUUCUACAACAAUGAGAUAGUUGACAAGCCAGGAUUGGCAUUGAUCAUAGUGACAGCAAUACUAGAGACCGGUGCAGCUUCUUUCGCGAUCGAGUCAAUGUACAACCCGCUCGGUGAGAAGCCAAAGGGUGGUCGGAGUGUGCAGAGCCUGCGCGCACACUCCGAGCUACGCAUGGUCGCGUGCGUGCACAAUGACAGGCCAAUCCCAUUCAUGAUCAACUUAAUGGACGCACUCUGCUCGGAAGGACACCCAAUGUGCGUGUACUUGCUGCACAUGGUUGAGCUCAGUGGGCGAGCUGACUCAGCCUUGAUCACACACAAAGACCGAAACGGGUUCGUGAACAUGAGUCAAAUGGACCCAAUGCUCAACAUCUUCAUCCAGUGUGAGAAAAGCAAAGAAGGGCAUCUCGCUGUGCAGCCAUUCACAGCCAAGGCACCCUUCAAGUCCAUGCACCAUGACGUGUGCGCUAUGGCGAAUGAUAGGAACACGCACAUUGUGAUCGUGCCGUUUCCGAGGAAAGGAGUGAUGGAUGCCGGACCGGACAAGGAGUUAGACCAGUCGGCGAGGAAUGUGGUUAGUGAGGUGCUUGAUGGAGGGCCAUGCACAGUGGGGAUACUAGUUUAUGAGGUGUUUGGGUACACUGUUAUACCUUCAUUGGCAGGGAUGAGACAUAACAUAGGUGUGUUGUUUUGGGGUGGUGUUGAUGAUAGGGAAGCAUUGGCAUGCGCUGCUCGCAUGGCUUUGCAAGAGAAGGUAGAGUUGUCCGUGCUGAGAUUCAUGCCAGUGGUGGAGAAGGUUGAGGAGAGUAAUGGCAGAGAGAAUGAGCUAGAGUGGAGUGAGGAUAGAGUGAAAGAUGAGGAGAUGUUGGAGAUGGUGAGAGAAGUAGGGGUGGUGGUGGUGGUGGAAGAGGUGGAGGUGAGUAAUGUGGAAGAAACUAUGGCUGUUAUAAGAACAAUGAAUGAGAAACAACAUGAUUUGAUAGUGGUUGGAAGAAGACAAGGGGAAGGGUCUUUCUUGGAAGAGUUGGCAGAGUGGUGUGAGUUUCAGGAACUUGGUGUUAUUGGUGAUAUGCUUGCUUCUGAUUUUAAGCAUACCAAUUCCAUUCUUGUAGUUCAAAAACAGGAUUAG